CUGGUUCAAUUCUUCUGCAGGACUUCAAUCACAGUCUCUGGAUACGAAAUAAUCACUUCAAUCCCUCAAAGACUUGACAUAAAAUAUAUCCGCAUACAUAUACAACCACAUAUCGUUCAAGCAAUUUACUGGACAAUUCGUUGAAAACAACCCCGAAACCUCAUUUCUAAACAUCACCAUGUGGAAAGCAACCACCCGCGUAUCUCAACUGGGCCAAUCCGCCAUCCGGAACUCGUCCCGGGUCCAAACACGGACAGCAACACCACCUCUCCCAGCUAUCACCCACGUCAGGCGCUUCCAGGCAUUCCCGUCGCUUCAAACCACGAGGGAGCAGAAGGGUGAAGAGGAUCGAACCCACGAUCGAACCGUGCUGGACCCGCAGCGCUCGGAAGUCUCCAAGUCCGGCACAGACAACGAAGUCGCCGCGCAUCCUGCAGCAUAUGACCCGCACCGGACGUCGCCGGAGAGCGAGAUCGAAGCCACCGAGGAGGAGAGCCAGCGCGAAGGAAAAGUGAGCAAUCCGUUGGAUAUGAGCCCUGCUAAUAAGGAGACGAGCAAGGCGCGGCCGCCGCAGGAAGGAGGCCCGGAUCGGAACGCUGAGAAGGAGAAGCUGAGCUCAAGAGGGUCGGCGAGGAAGCAUGGCAAGGUGAAGACCGGAAAGAAAUAGAUCUGUUGUGCUUUGUUGCUGGGUUUCUAUGUGAAUGCAUCUGAUGUUAGGGGGGCCGAUUAUAUUUAUAUACGUCGAUAUAUAUAGUGCACUUAAUCUCGGCGUGCGGUGUGGGAAUUCAGGUACAAAAUCAGCGAUUAUAAAAUGUUGCUUGAACACUUGC